UGUCGGUUGUUGCUACUGUAGUUUGGACUCGCUAAGACUCAGAACUGCUUAUACCGUCGUACAUACACCGGACAGAAACAUUUUGUUUUGUUUUGUUUGAAACAUUUACAUUCCAACACUUUAUGCAAACUUGUGUAUAUACUGUCUCCUUUUUUUUUUUAAAAGACAAAAACAAGAUGGAACUUAAUUCGCUUCUAAUUCUGCUGGAGGCUGCAGAGUACUUGGAGAGAAGAGACAGAGAGGCAGAGCACGGCUACGCCUCGGUUUUACCCUACAGCAGCGACUUCUCCAGGAAGAAGACGAAAAGCUCGCCAAUAAGCAGAAAAAGUCCGAACAAUAGAUCGUCGCACAACGAGCUGGAGAAACACAGACGCGCCAAACUACGGCUGUACUUGGAGCAGCUGAAGAAGCUGGUGCCUUUGGGUCCAGACAGUACCAGACACACCACACUGAGCUUGCUGAAAAGGGCCAAGAUGCACAUCAAGAAGCUGGAAGAGCAGGACAGGAAGGCUUUAAACAUGAAGGAGCAGCUGCAGAGAGAGCACCGCUACCUCAAACGUCGCCUCGAGCAGCUCUCUGUGUCUGGAUCUGUGGAGCGCAUCCGCACCGACAGCAUGGGCUCCACCAUCUCCUCCGACUCUGAGCAAGAGGUGGACAUCGAGGGUAUGGACUUCACCCCUGUCGAGGUAGACAGCGUGGGGAGCAUCAGCGACCCCGAGGGAGAGGAGGUGGAGGACGAAGAGGAGGAGGAGGAGGAGGAGGAGGAGGAGGAGGAGGAGGAGGAGGACCACUACAGCCUCCAGAGCAGCUCCAGCGACACCAGCUACACGGCCCCACAUUCCCACAGACUGCAGCCACACCACUGUUAGACUUACCGUGGCCAGUCGAUCCAGUUUCUUCAACCCACCCGCCCCCGACCUCCAGACCGCCGCCGCGACUGCGUGCACCCACGACCCACGUCCGAGCAGUCCACAAAGGCGCUAACCAGAUGAAUGCCACUCAAGCCUUUGGAACCUUCCCUCCCUGACCCCACCUCAACCUGUUCUCUCUUGUACCAACCAACCAACCAGCCAGUCACUCAACCAACCAACCAACCAACCAACUAGUGAUCCUACCAACCAACCCACCAAUAAAAAAGCAACAACCAACCAACCCACCAAUAAAAAACAAGGACCCACCAACCAACCACCCCCUUAGCCAGUGUAGCUGCAGGCUCACAGACAGCAGUGGGGGACUUUUGCGGUGAGAUGGAUAGCUUUAACUUGUUAAUCAGGAUUUGGGAAUCUGUGCGUACGUGUGCGCGUGUGUUUGUAUGUGUGCGUCAGACGAUAACACAACAAAAAGCUCUGUGUGUCAUCGCCACGCGGCAAUAACACAAAGACAAAGGCCUUAAAGUAUGCAAAUCACCUCCGUCGGUUUCCGCAGUCCGUACACAACUUCAGGACCUCAUUAGCCUGCCGCACCACACAGGACAAGCAAAAUAGGCAGCGAAGCUCAAUCCAGCGCCAGAUUCAGGAAACAUUUGAGCUUAGCACCAGAGAGGUGAAGGAGAACCAGUUAGCCUGGUUCUCCAAUAUAACGACAGCACCUUAACAAGCCUCUAAAAUGUCAUUUCAUUUGUACAAUUCACUCGUAUUUAUUGUCAUAACAGAAGCUACAGUUGUGUUCAGAAUAAUAGCACUGUGUUUAAAAGAAAAAGUAAGUCAAGCUUAGUAAGUCACAACUGCUUCACAUCUGUGUUGCAUGGAGUGGACCCACUUUAACAUUCUGCUACUAUCCUGAACACAGCUGUCGUACACAAAUCGUUACCCUCACAGCAUAAUUGGCUGAGUCGUUUUUGAACAUUUUAGCAAAACAUGGAAACAGUUUUUUAGUAAGCACAUUGGUAUUUUUUUAUUGAUAUUGUGACAGUAACUUGAAAAUGACUUGGGGAAAUGAUGUUAUCAGGCCUAAUGAAAUCCUCUAGCGUUUUGAAAAAGCCACAUUCUGCCUGCUUCUCGCCGUUUUCAGUCUUCGCGCCUCUCCGAGUCAACCGUUGGCACUGAAUUUCAGUCAUUCGGGGGAUUAAAAACAAGCCGGAAGAGUCACAGAGCUGCCGCAGAGCACACUAGCAAUUGGAUUAUGUAUCGUUCCAAUUUGUCAAUUGUAUUUUUUUUGGGGGGGGGUUGGGUUGCCUCACCACUACUCCACACUACUGACCACUACACUAUAACACCCUAUGGUGUGGAUGGACUACUAUGGCCUUUUCGCAACUCUAUUGUCUCAGUAGCGAAGCGAUGUAGCAGAGCAUGCAGGAGGAGGGUGCUUCCUCCGAGUGUUUCAAAUGGUUCUGGUUGGACCACAACAUUAUUAUUAUUUUUUUUAUUUUAAAAUGCCAAAUAUGGCUACCAAAUGGCAGAAUCGGCAUUCAUCUGCAGCAGCUCUGUCACCUUUGAGAUUUUUUUUUUUUUUUUUUUUUUUAAACGCUGUUCAACAGUCAUUCCUAUUUUGUAAGAACAACAUUAGAAAUGAUCUCUGCCCAAACCUUCUUUAAGGUUACAAAUGAUGGUCACUAUUGACGGAGGAGGCACUUCUGUCGGCCACUUCAGGCGACAUCUUUGCGAAAAUAGGUGCAUCAUGUUAGGCCUUGUAAAAAAAACUAACAAAAAAAUUUAUAUAUGAAAGGCUCAAAAUAUGUCAAACCCACACACAAAAACAAUCGCUAUAUUUCCCAGUUUAGUCUAUUUCUCGCCUUAUAGUUUAUAUUGUAUUUUCCUACAUGUGCUCUUUUAAAAAAAAAAGACAAAAAAGUGAGUAUAUAGAUAAUAUAGAUGUAUAUUUAUUUGUGUAUACAUACAGUAUAUACAUUUUUUUUGUAUAUAUAAUAUGCAAAACUGACGCUGUAUGGAUGUAUACACAAAUACAAUACAAAAGCCUUAAUAGAGAAAAUAAUGCUGUCCAAGUGGUAUUAAUUGGUUAACUAAAAUUGCAAUAACAUUAUGACAUGACAUUAUUUUAAUUCUAUUUCUCCGAAUUGUCCUUCUUUUUCAAUCAUAAUAAUCAGACCGUUCUGGUAAAAUCACGGAAAGCAGAUUUUAUUCUGUACAAUUGUAAUUGUCUUUUUAUGAUGAUUACUUUUUACAAAUUUAAGAUACAAUAUUUCCUCUUAAAAUUAAGAAUGACCUCUUGUAAUAUUACAAGAAAAUUCGCAAGAAAUUAUGACCUCUUUUAAAUGUUUAAAUUUCACAUAAAAUUGCGACUUUUUUCUUGUCAUUUUCUAACAUUUCCCCCUCAUAAUUGUCCUAAUAUUCUCAUCAAAUUAAAAUGUUUUAUAGAAAAAAUGCGACUUAAUUCACAUAAAAUAUGACUUUUUCCUCUUUAUUAAUGUAAAUAUAUUUUUAAAAUGCCUUUCUUGCAAAAUUACAACUCCCAUGUUGUAUCAUCACUAUUCUUUUCUCGUAAAAUUCCCUUUUUUUUUCUCGAAUCGGACUUUAAAACACAUUUUUACCAUAAUUGUUUUUUUUUCUUUUUUUCUCAUUUCUUCUCAUCAUUUCUUUCCCUCCAAAAAUGAUGUCUUUUUCUUUUAUUAUUACAACUCUUUAGUUGUUGUAAUCCUCCUAUUUUCUUCUAAAAAAAAAUUAUUUUUUUUUCCUUCUCAUAUCAAAUUUUUGUAGUACAGUAAAUAAAAUACCACUCGAGACAGAGCGUUGUAUUCUCUGUAAAGGUUGACUAGUGGAUGCAAUGUCGUUAGAUUGUGCAGGUGUACCUAAUGUAGUGGCCGCUGAGUGUCUGUAUAGAUUUCUAUAGAAAUGGAAAGAUGGCUCCAUGUAAAGCGAGAGACUUGUGGAAGGGAGUACGGGGUGCAGACUUUACUGCUGCGUUCUGUGCCCCGGUGAGCCGCCCAGCCCUGACCCCGCCCCCAAAGCCCGGUCCCCCGCUCAGGUUGCCCCGCCCACCUGCCCUCUCACCCACCCACUCGAAACAUUAACCAAAAACACUUCCAACCAGCAGGGGGCGUGCCAGGAGAGGUCCGCGCACCUCCCCUCCUCCUAACCCCGCCUCCCUUCGGCCCGACUACACUGGUAACGCCCCACGGCAGCUUCUUGUCGCCCCUGCCCCCCCAAAAAGGUCACUACCGGGGGCUGGAACCUUUUAGGCUUGAAGCUUGUUUAUUAUUUUUGUUCUUUCGCUGUUGUUGUUUUCAAUGACUUGUGUUGGUCGAGCGGGCGCGGCCGGGGGGAGGAGCGAUUUUCAAGAAAAAUUGACCCGAUGGCAGCUUUGCGGUAUAGAUCGUCUCCCAAACGUCCCGGCCGGGGCUCGGCCUCGACAACAGUGGUUUUUUUUUUCUUUCUUUCUUUCUUUGUUUCCAUGGUGACACAGCAAUACGACCAUCGUGUGCUUUUUUUUCUGAGGGAGGCCAGGGUUUUUUUUUUUCUUCUCUCUUUUCAUUUGAAUUUGGAAGACAAGCAGGUGUUUUUUUUAUUUUAUUUUAUUUUUUUUUGACUCUGUGGUGCGCUUAAUGGUGACCAACUCUUGACGACCUCCUAUCUGCACUCUCUUCAAACACUGCAGGAGGGCCAAGAAAAAAAAAUGGAGAUUUAAACGAAACAAAAAAAAAGCUGUUUUUUUUGUUGUUGUUUUUUUUUUAUUAUUUUGUCGUCAUUGACAGUUUACAUUCAUGUCGAGGAUUUGAACGUGACCGUAGCGUUCAUUUCAGUCUGUUGGUUAGAAAAGUUUGGUAGCCUAUUGCUGCCACACACACACACACACACACAAAGGCUCAGUAUCACGUAAUUACGUGAAAAGUUUAUUCUUAUAACCCGUACCCACCAAAAAACAGAAACAAAAGAUAUCUUUUUAUAAAUAAUGGACACAAACGAAGGCUGCCGAAAAUAAAAACUAGUCCCAAAUCUGAUGUGUCACUGCAGUGUCAACGGGAGUUUCCAGUUGUGUCUUUGAUAUGGACCAACGUCAACCGUCUCUGGGGACUCCCUUCAUAUUUUCACGUUAAAGCAAGAGAAAUGAUAAAUAAAUUAGCCUAAUAUUGCCUCAUCAUUUUUGAACAUUUCCAGAAAAAUAAGAACAAAAUUCAACAAACAAGAAGAGGGUAUUUGUGUGUGUGUGUGUGGCAGCAAUACGCUUUGAUUUAAAAAAAAAAAAAAAAAUGUUUUUUAAAAAUAAAGCAUACUAAUGGCAUGAAAGAUGAUCUCUUGCACAGAACCUCCCUGUAGGAAUGAGGACGGAGCAAGCGGAAGAGAUAAUAAAAUAUGUUGGAGGAAUAGGUUGUGAUGAUAUCACAAUUAUAAUAUUACGAGCGGGAAAAAAAUCUGAAUUUUGGGACUUUUGAUAAUAAAAAAAAAAAAGGUGUCUAUUGCAAGAAAAAAGUCAUAUUUUGAUGUGAAUUUUGAAGAAAAAGCCGUAAAGGAAUGACAAUGUCAUGUUUUCAAAAGAUUUGAUUUUUUUCCCACCCUAAAAAAUAGGAUUUCAUAAUGAUUUUUUUAAAAAAAACUAUAAAAACUUUAUUUGUAAUUGUUUUUCUUGUGAAAUCACAGUAAAAUUAUGAAUUUCCUCCUGUAUUAUGACAACCUUUUUCCUCCUAAAUUUCUGACAAUUCUUCUAAAAUGAUCCUUUCUUUCUUGCAAUAUCCAUCUUUUUUUAAUCAUUCUAACAUUUUUUGUGUGAAAUGCCCAUUUUUCUUGUCAUAUUUUUUCUCAUACAUCUAAAACUUUAGUUUCAUUUUAUUUUUUUUUCUUGUAAAUGACGUCAUAAAAUUAAUACAGUACUUUGUGCCCUGUUAAAGAAAUCUAACAUUGCUUUUUUUUUUCUUGUAAAAUAAAAACACCUAAUUAUUAUUUUUGUAAAAGUAUGACCUUGUACUUGUAAAAUGUCACAUUUCUCACCAUAGUACAACUUAUUUUGGAUAUUAAAUUUGUAUUCCCCCCUUGGCAAAACUUCACUUUUAUGCCUGGAAAAAAAAAGAGAUUACUAUUACUACUUAUUACUAUAUAUAUAUAUAAAAUUACUAUUUUAAUCUGGAAGAUUAUUAUAAUUUUUUUGGGUAGUCUUUUCAGUGUGGCCCUAACAGCUCUUGGUAAAUUUGAGUGGCUGACAUUGUAGUUUUUAUGCAGACAUGGAAGAACCUUUUUAACGACGUGCCUUGUGAAAAAAAUUUAUUUUCUUAAAUAAUAAUGUAAAAAUAAAAAUAAAAGAGUAGAGAUUAUGUAUGUAAUAAUCAGCGACUGAUUAUCCACUGUAUCUGCUCUUUGUGCAAAUUGAAGGUUUUGAUGGCUGGUGUGGUGCAAGCCGUUGCACAGUGAUUGAACUCAGAACACUGUGACCAUGAUGAUGAUGAUAAUGAUGAUGAUGAUGAUGAUGAUGAUGAUGACGAUGUGCAUCAUGGGUGCUUGUCAAGUCAAUAUUCCUGCCAAAUACAAAAGUCACUUUUGAGCACCUUUACCAUACCGGAUAACUCUUCAAAUGUUUGUAAUUCAGCGUAGCUUUAAGUAGGUCAACCCUUCUAAUAGAUUGAAAUUAAAUAGGAAUAUAGAGAGUAUAUUAAAGGACACUCAAGAGGAGAUGGGAGUGUAUAGAGGGCUUGUAGGGGGAGCGUUCUGUGCCAGAGACCUGUGAAUAUGUUCUUGUUAGCAGAUGUGUAUUAUGCGUUCACGAGAUGUUAUAAAAGUUGUUUUUUUGUGUGCGUGAGUGUAUGCGCAAGUGGGUGCGAGUGAGUGUGUGUGUAUGUGCGUGUGUGUGUGUGUGCACGCGUACCUGGUGCUGGCUCCAUUUCAGCAAACACUUGAAGGUAUUGUGUACUCUCAUUGUAAUGAUUAAAAUGUUUUAUACUUAAAA